CCACCCCGCGCGUGUCAGAUACACGCUCUUGUUGAGACAGUUCCUCGUUUUCCGCUUCCCAUUUAAUUCAGAGAGAUGGGUAGGUGAUUGGAGUGAGCACACGUUCUGGUAGUUAUUUUAAAUGCCAGUAUAUUUUGUCAUUUGGCAAUUUUACUUCUUUUCAUAUCACUGUAACUUUUAAACUGGAAUAUUAAAUUCUAAUUGAUUUACAAAAUGCCGGAGUUCAUUUCGGUCGACGAGUUCAUCGCCGAAACCUUGGAGGAUUACAGCUCUCCAACAACAUCUUCUUUCACAACGAAAAUGUCAAGUUGCAGAAAUGCUGUGAAUAACAUCGAAGAGGCCCUGGACUGCGACAGGAUGGUGCUGCAGAAAAUGAAGAAAGCCGCCAAAGCCAAGCACGCCUCGGGCCAAGACCAUAUCUCCCAUCUGGAGUUCUACAUCAGCUCCAUGGAGAAGCUGGCCCUCAACUUCCACAGCAACGGCGAACAGGAAGUGGCCUCUGCCUUCAAUAAGUUUGCGGAAUUCUCCAAGGAGCUGCUGACGCCCAUGAAAAACCUGUUAAAGAGCAUGCUGCACAACAUCAACUUCUUCCUGGAUUCACUGGUGAAAGGGGACCUGAAGGAAGUCAAGGGGGACUUGAAAAAGCCGUUUGACAGAGCUUGGAGGGACUAUGAAAGUAAAUUCACUAAGAUCGAGAAGGAGAAGAGGGAGCUGGCUCGGCAGUACGGCAUGGUGCGGACCGAGGUGAGCGGGGGGGAGAUCGCCGAGGAGCUGGAGAAGGAGCGCAGAAUGUUCCAGCUGCAGAUGUGCGAGUACCUCAUCAAAGUGAACGAGAUCAAGACCAAGAAAGGGGUCGACCUUCUGCAGAAUCUCAUCAAGCACUAUUACUCCCAGUGCAAUUUCUUCCAGGAGUGUCUGGCUACCACUGAGAAGCUGAAGCAGUACAUCGACGCGCUCACGGGAGAGCUAAACAAAAUCAAACACACACAGGACGAGGAGAAGAAACAGCUCUGUGCCCUGCGGGACCAGCUCAGACCAUCACUGCAGCCCGAGCUCAAAGAGGACUCCCUGAGCAGGCAGACGGUCUACAGCAUGCACCAGCUUCAAGGAAACAAACAGUACGGCACGGAGAAAUCCGGCUUCCUCUACAAGAGGAGUGAUGGGUCGCAUGUAAAAAAAAAAAAUGAAAAGAACUGCGCUAGCAUGUCAGGGGUAGCCUUUCGGGUGGAAAGCUUUGUGACUGAUUUGGCGUUUCUUCGUGCGUUUCAGCCCAACAAACCCCCGGCCAAACUCAACCUCCUCACGUGCCAAGUCAAGCCCAGCCUGGAGGACAGGAAGUGCUUCGACCUCAUCUCUCAUAAUCGCACUUACCACUUUCUUGCUGACGAUGAGCCUGAAUGUGUUGCGUGGAUCUCAGUGCUGACGAACAGUAAACAGGAAGCGCUGAACGUGGCUCUGGACGAGCGCAGGCCGAGCGGGGAGAGCAGUGUGGAGGACCUCACCAAGGCCGUCACCGACGACAUCCGCCGCAUGCCCGGCAACCAGGUGUGCUGUGACUGCGGUGCACCAGACCCCACCUGGAUCUCCACCAACCUGGGCAUCCUGACGUGCAUCGAGUGCUCAGGGAUCCACCGGGAGAUGGGGGUGCACCACUCGCGCAUCCAGUCCCUGUCCCUGGACAAGCUGGGCACCUCCGAGCUGCUGCUGGCUAAGAAUGUGGGGAACUCGGGUUUUAAUGAAAUAAUGGAAGCGAACCUCCUCAGCCCAUCCCUGAAGCCUUCGGCAGAAAGUGACAUGUCAGAGCGGAAGGACUUCAUCCUGUGUAAGUACAUGGAGUACCAGUUUGUGCAGCGCAGUGGCGGCUCCCCGGGCAGCCUGCGGCGCAGUCUGCAGCAGGCUGUGCGCAGCCGGGACAUCUUCGCCCUGCUGCAGCUCUACGCCGAGGAGGACCUGCCAGUGCCCAACCCAGUACAGGAGAAAGGCGAGACUGCACUCCAUCUGGCUGUCCUAUUGGCCGAUCGGACCUCACUGCACAUGGUGGACUUCCUGGUGCACAACUGUAACCACCUGGAUGCGCAGACUGUCCGGGGGAACACUGCUCUGCACUACUGCUGCCUCCACAACAAAACAGAGUGCCUUAAACUGCUGCUGCGGGCCAAGGCCAACACGCACAUCAAGAACGAGACGGGGGAGGCCGCGCUGGAAAUCGCUCGGAGGCUAAAGCACACGCACUGUGAGGAGCUGAUUAAGCAGGCCCAGAAUAACCAGUUCAACAUGCACGUGCACGUGGAGUACGAGUGGCAGCUCCGACAGGACGACCUGUAUGAGAGCGAUGAUGACCUGGAUGACAAGAUGGGUCCAGUAAAGAAAGAGCGCACCUCCCGGCCUUUCAGUCUGUAUCAUGCCUCCACCCGCGCCGCUGGGCCUGAUCGAGGAGGGGGAGGAGGAGGAGGGGGCGGAGCUUUAUUCAGUGUGGGCCGCCGGUUGGCUCUGGCUCGGGAUCACAAGCGCGACGUGUACGCCAUCCCCCACACGAAGACGCGCAGCCUGGACAGUCCACCGCCACCGCCCCCCUCCUCCCCUGCACCCCCUCUGCCUCCCAGGGUCAAAGUGCCCGAUGUCCCCCCGCCUCCUCCCCCGGUCAGCCCUCCAGAGGGGUGGGGGGACAGCGCGACGAGCAAGAAACGGACCCCCCCUCCGCCCCUCAACUUACGCCACAAACGCACCUACUCGGAGCCCAUGCCCCACGUGCCCCAGAGCCCCCACGUUCCGCGCCACGCUGGCAUGGAUUACGGGGUGCCUGGCAACGCGAGGAUUUACGGCGGUCCGGAUUCGCCCUUUCAGAAGCCUGUCUCAGGGUCACCGAAAUACACUGUGACUGCUCUCAACUCCCUGUCUGAGCUUCCAGAGCGAGGGUUCAGGGCAGAUGGAGAGAGCAACUCCUCCCAGUUUGUGUACCAGAUCCCCCAGCCCAGCAGCCGACACCCCUCACUCAGCUCCCCCACCUUCUCCCGCUCCCUCAGUCUGGAGUCCAACGGGAGCUCCACCAGUACCCAGGGCGGGACCCCACACCCCCUGCCCAGGAAAGGAGCGUCGAGGCCGAUGGUGCGUCGCGUCAGGGCGGUUUACGACUGCGUGGCCGACCACCACGACGAGCUGACCUUCAACGAGGGGGAGGUGCUGGUGGUGCUGGGAGAGGACGACGCCGAUUGGUGGCACGGGUACGUCGAGGGGCAGCCGCACAAGAAGGGCCUCUUCCCCGCCUCCUUCGUUCACAUCCUGUCCGAAUAAGGCCCAGCGGAGGAGCGGGCGGGCGGGCAGGGAAGAGCAUUUCCCCUCUCCCCCACCAUUAAGUUAGUGUUUAACUCUCUGCCUGAGAGAGAGAGAGAGAGGUUGCGUAACCUCGCUCGUUCCAUUUGUGCGCUGUGAAUAAUUCAUCAGAUCCUGACAGUAGAGAUCAAAAGGCACGCGGUGCCUCACGUAAAAGCCGCUCGUACCCCGGGGCUCUGCCACGUCCUCAGGGCCGGCGCUGCCCGUCGAACCCUCGACUUUGGGCGGCGUCUCAGAUCCGUAGGUUCUCUUAUAGAUUUUUCACAUCCUUCGAAAUCUGGUUUCCGUUUACUGAAAUCAGCCCAAACCAAUCUUAGGAAGCCUUCGGGCAUUUCUUUAUCACUUACCUUCUACAGUCAAACAGAGGUAUUUAAAAAAGAAAUUUUUAAACAACACCUGAAAAUGAGGACCUGCCAGAAUCAACUAUGCUGUUCAGUGCCACAUUCCUUGUCACACGGUGAAUGGGAAUCAUUUCCUGGAAACAUAAUUUGUUGUAUUGGUCUUAUGGUGGGAUGGAUUUUCCGAAAUUAGUUAAUGGAUAAUCUUAAUGAAAAAAAUAAAACAAGUAUAUUGUAUGUUAUGGUCCUAUAUAAAACGUAUGUUUUGGUACUCUUGGUAGACUGAAAGAACAAUGAGUGACAUAUUUAUUUGAGUGUAGCUCUUCUUGGAGGAAGUGCAGUGCUGAUGACAGUGCUUAUGUAACCAGCACAGACUUCUGAAAAUAGGAUGUGUAAAGCCCCUCCCUCUAAGAGGGUUAGGUUGGUAAAGUAACAAACGAUCCAAAAGACAGGGUACAGGGUGCAAGUGUGUGCGUGUUCUUGUUUGUGUGUGUGUGUGUGUGUGUGU